AUAGCGAGUCAAAAGAACAACUCAACCCUCAUUUCCUACACGACAUUCCAUGUGAACUCCAUCGCUUACGUCAAUAUAAUAUAAUGGCUAACCACCAAGUGGUAUGCUAUUCUUUUGUAAAUGUUAUGGUCGUGAACCGUUCUCGUGGUCUAAUCUGUGCCCAUUCCUUUUCCCUCUCACUGUUCUAAAUGCUCUUCACGUAGCGCCUCUUCUUUGACCCUUCUAAACAACAACCAACCAACCUUUCCAUCCUCUUCUUCCACCCAUUCAUAAAUCUCAUCCCACCUUUAUGGGCUUCAAAACGUUCUCCAUCUACCUAUCCAUCAACCUAGCUCAAUCUAUAGAGGUCUAAAUUAUCCCAUCAAGAAGAAGGAAGGAUAAUAGAGGAGGAAGAGAAGAAGGGAAGGAUGGAUGGGCCUGAGAUCCCUCCUUACUUCCUAUGUCCUAUAUCUCUUCAGAUCAUGAAGGAUCCAGUCACCAUCUCGACCGGCAUCUCCUACGAUCGCUCCAGCAUCGAGCGCUGGUUCUCCACCUAUGACCGCAACACGUGUCCGGUGACGAAGCAGCCUCUCGAUGACCGAACUCUCACCCCCAACACCACCCUCCUCCGCCUCAUCCAGUCUUGGGCCGCCGGUGCCUGCAAAUCCUCCAACUUGUCGACCGUUGUGACGCCUGUGCCUGGCUCCAGCAUCUCCGAUGUCCUUCGUGAGAUUACCGAUGCCAUGAUCGAUCCUGACUUCCAAAUAAAAGCUCUCAACAAGAUUAGGUCACUGGUACAAGAUGAUCCUGAUAACAUAGCUCGCAUGGAGAAAGCCGGCGUCACGUCUCUCGUUGCAUCAAUAAUCGCAAAAUAUGAAUUACCGUUAGAGACUAUAAAUCUCACUGAAGCUUUAUCAGCAGUUGACGAGGCCAUGAGUGUGCUGCGUCUCCUUGAGCCAUCGCAAGAGACAUUAAAAAAAGUCUCAGAGCGCAAAAAUGGUGAGCUCAUCACGUCUCUAUCUUUGCUAUUGCAUAGAGGCUCUUACCGAUCUAGAAUUCAUGCCUCCCUGCUCCUUCGCUCGAUCUUUAAAGUGGUUGACCAUGGCCACAAAGCCAGUCUGCACGCUAGCCUAUUUGAAGGGGUGGUGGAGAUACUAAAAGACCAGAACUCGAGCCGUGCAACGACCAUGGCCUUGCUAUCGAUUCUAAUUGAAGUCUUGCCUCAUGGGAGAAACCGAGAGAAGGUGGUGGAGGCGGGGGCUGUCACUGUGAUGGUAGAACUACUGGUGGAGGAGGGGGAGGAUAGGAGGAAGUGUGAGACUAUGUUGUAUCUAUUGGAGUUGGUUUGCAGGAGGGCAGAGGGCCGGGCAGCCUUGGUGGCACACCCGGCAGGUGUGGCAGCAGUGGUGGGGAAGAUGCUGAAGGUGUCGAGCCUCGCGACCGAGAAGGCAGUGAAGGUGUUGGGGUUGGUUUGCAGGCAUUGUGGGGUGGUGGAGGAGAUGAUGGAUGUGGGAGGAGUAGUCAAGCUUUUCAUGGUGGUGCAGGUGGAGGGCAGCAUGAAGAGUAAAGAGAUGGCUAAGGAUAUCUUAGGGAUGCACUUGAAGGAAUGGGGCAAAUUCCCUUGCUUCUCUUCCUGUUACUUGGCUUGAAAGGUAAAAAGAAGUUUGUGUCUUAGAGUUCUAAA